GUGACACCUUCUAAACAACGUGACCUUCUCCUAAUGUUUGAGAAGCUUUAACGCCGCGACAAGUAGAUAUACGUUUGGGUAUAUUAAAGGAUCGAGAUGAAGAUGUGGCUUGUCACAUUAUUGUGAAACUGGACUUAGAGGGUUCCGUUCAAUUCCGUAAAGACACAGUGUCUGUAUUUCCUUGUUUCCCUACUUUUGACAGCUGCAAUGUUGCGUCUCUUUGCUAACCAGGGGUUUUAUAAACUCUGGAAAGCCAGUCAUUUUGCGGCAGCGUGUGUAACCAAGAGGCAAGUCACAAGUUUCCUCCCAGUCAGCAGCACCGCUCAUCCCCGACUACACAUCUCUGCUCGCCCCUUCAAUACUGGGAUCCCGGGGAGGAAAGACGCCCUCCAGCCAAAAGAAGAUAUUCCCGAGGACACAAAGACGCUAGAUCUGGAUAAAUGGAAAUCUGUAAUGAGAGCCCAAGCAUCAGAAGAAAAGCAAGUUAGUGAUAAAGAGGAAGCAUGUGAUGAUAAUGACGACCUGACAGAACCAGGUGGCGAUUCAAAGGAUAGUUCUUCACUGGAGGCAACUCGGGAUCUCGUUGUAAUGUGGCGCCAGGCUGGCAAGCUUGUUCCUGAAGAGAUGACGGAUGAAGAAGUCCAGACGCUGGCAGAGCUUACCACCAAGUCCUCCAGGAAGAAGUACCUCAAGUACCUGUCCAUCAAAGAGGGCCACAAAAAGGCUCGUAAGGUGAAGCAGCAGAAGAAGAAGGCAGAGAGAGAACACACAAUGGAGGACCCCAGAGAAGAUUAUGAGCUUGAAAACACAUUAUUCCUCAAGUUCUGGAGCCGCACCAUGGACAAGCACCAGGCCUGGAGGAUCGCCCAGUCCAUGAUGUUCGAUCAGCCACUGGUGUUUGACAUGAGCUAUGACUCCAACAUGGCCAGGCGCGAGUUGGAGAACACAGUGCAGCAGCUGAUGGAGGUUGAAGGUUGGAACCGGCGUGCCACUGAGCCCUACAACCUCCACUUCUGCAACCUAAAGGCAGACGGGGCCUAUCACAAGGAGCUGCUCAAACGCUACGGUGCAGAGGUCUGGGAACGCAUGCUUAUCAACAGUUCUGACCAACAUUACAUUGAUCUGUUUCCCCGUGAACAGAUUGUAUACCUUACUGCAGACUCCCCCAAUAUUCUCCGCAAAUAUGACCACUCAAAGGUCUACAUCGUUGGAGCUCUGGUGGACCGGUCCAUCCAGUCAGGCUUGUCUUUAGCCAAUGCCAAGCGUCUGAAUCUGGCCACAGCUCGUCUACCACUGGAUCAGUAUCUUCACUGGGAGAUGGGAGCCAAAAAUCUGACUUUGGACCAGAUGAUCCGCAUCAUGCUCACAAUUAAGGAGACAGGGAAAUGGGAGGAGGCGUUGAAGUUCGUACCUAAGAGGAAGUACGAUGGAUUCCAUCAUGAACGGACACAGCAAGAGAUUCCCAAAAACAGAGGAAAGGGAGUUACAAAUUAUAGACCAAGACAGGAUGGUGAAAGGUUGUUAAGGUCUGGAGAAAGGACAUUUAAAAAUGAGGACCAACGUCUUUACCGGCCCCAUAAAGAGUCUGGAUUCAGUGGUAGAGACAGAAUGGCUGGACUGACAAGUGACAGAGAAAAGAUACCAUCUGCCACAAGAGUACGAUCUUCAUUUAAAAGCAAAUUUGAGGGAAGAAAAAGUGAUGGCAAAGGAAAGAUGUGGUGGAAUGACGAGUGAAGUCAAACUUGGGAUAAAAAGGACACAUUUACAUGCACUGUCUGAGGAAAUGUCAGGCUGAGAUGUAAGAAGUAGUCAUUGGUUCUUACUGAAUACUUUUUUGAUGGAUGGAAGACAUUUACAAAAGAAGUACAAACAUCUUUGGUCUUUAUUUUCAUCUGAUCUGUAAAAUGAAAAAGAGAUGUAUAGAUGUUUUCUGGUGUUAUUUCACUGUAAAGUAUACACUCAAUAUCAAUGCAAACUGUUCAAUAGAAAUGAAAUAAACCAAAGUGUUAUACAGCUUGGUUUGAGAAAAAAUGUCAAAAAGGCAUGUGCAGUAUGUUACUAUCAUUCAUUUCAUAAUAGCGUAUUCCAAAGCAACAGAAAACAGUCUUUAAAUCAGUUUUUUAAAAAUGCAUUUCAAAAUAAAUCACCCAACUAUGCCAUGA